AUAAGUCCUCUAACUCAGUCCGAUCCCUUUUUCUGAUUUUCUUUAAAUUUUAGUACUAAUUUAUUGAACAAGAAUCAAUAAUGAAGUUAAGCCAUGGCACCUUUAUGGUUGUUGGUAGUGCUAUCCAUUCUUAUUGAAUUCUGAACUGGAAUCACAACACAACGAGCGAUCCCCCUAUAUAUACACACACACGCCCACCCCCCAAGCAAUCCAACUCCCAACUCUUGAUAAGAAAUUCUUGGGAAUUACUGUAAUCUGAUUGUGGAAUAGGGGAAGAUGGGUGUUUGUGGGUCAAAGCCCAAAGGAUGCGUGGGAAUGAAAGGCAAGUUGAAGUUGCAGAAGAAACACAGGAAAAGAACAAGAAGAGUGAAAAAGGCCCAUUCUUCUAAUAACAAAAACCGGGUUGAACCCUCCAAUCAAAAGGAUCUUUCUUACACUAAUCCUGCAUUCCAAGGGCAUAGCGAGUCGUGGUUUGAUCCUGAUGCGGUUAUUGAUUCUGAUGGUGAAGAUGAAUUUUACAGCGUUCAGGAUGAUGUAUCUCAAGCUGGAUCCCUAUCCAAUGUUGUUACUCCAAGAUUUUCAAAUCAAGUGGUGUAUGGUAAUGGCACUGAUUCUCAGCUGAGCUCUGAUGAUCCUCAAUGUCAGGAUGAAAAUGCCGAGAGGAAUGAGACGGGUGCGUUGCACAGUUGUGGAUUUAUAUCAAAUGCAUUCCUACCUUGUCUUGCUUGUGAUGAGUCUUUAGAUGGGAAGAGAAAAUUGCAAAGUCUAGGAGGUCCAAGCACAAGGAAAAGAUUAUCACUUACUCCUUCGCUCAAAUGGAAAGAAGGACAAGAUCAUACAAGUUUACCAUUGGCAAAGGCCAUUAUACAAAGACCAAUAGCUGGUUCUCAAAUUAUGUGUUCCCCAUUAGAGAAGAAAAUGCCGGAAUCUUGGUCAUGGGUUGAGGCGAACACUUUUAAAGUUCGUGGACGGAACUAUACCAGAGAUAAAAAGAAAGAGUUUGCUCCAAACUUUGUUGCCUAUGUUCCCUUUGGAGUGGACGUUUUCUUAUCUCCUCGCAAAAUUGAUCACAUUGCUCGAUUUGUUGAGCUCCCCACUGUUGAUUCACCUGGAGAAGUCCCUCCUAUUCUUGUCGUAAAUCUUCAGAUUCCACUCUACCCUGCCACAAUCUUCCAAAAUGAAUACGAUGGAGCAGGAGUGAGUUCUGUUUUCUAUUUCAAGCUUUCAGAAAAUUACUCAGCAGAUCUUCCUGUUCACUUCCAAGAAAAUAUAAGGCGGAUAAUUGCUAAUGAAACUGAGAAGAUUAGAAGUUUUCCCAUGGAUACAAAUGCGCCCUUCAGAGAAAGAUUAAAAAUCUUGGGCCGGGUCGCCAACUUAGAGGAUCUUCAGUUAAGUGCGGCUGAGAGGAAGCUUAUGCAUGCAUACAAUGAGAAGCCAGUUCUUUCACGUCCUCAGCAUGAAUUUUACUUGGGAGAAAACUACUUUGAGAUUGAUUUGGAUAUCCACAGAUUCAGUUACAUUGCAAGGAAAGGCUUCGAGACAUUUCAAGACAGAAUUAAGCACUGUGUCUUUGACUUCGGCCUGACAAUUCAGGGAAACAAGGCGGAAGAUCUACCAGAGUGUAUGUUAUGCUGUUUAAGAUUGAAGGAAAUUGACUACACUAACUAUUGCCAACUUAGCUUGUGAGUCGAGAGAAACACUGUGAGGAUUUGAGCUAAUGAAUCACUGUACUUGAGCAUGUCUUUCCUUUCUCCCUAAAGUACUUUAGCGCUAACCUUUUCAAGUCAAGUUCUUGUUGUAUUGUCAAUGGCCAAGUUCCAACAAAUCGGUUUUCUGCUCAAUUGUACAGCGCUUAUAUCUGAGUGUACAGAUAUAUUGCAAUAGUAACAAAUUAAUGUAAGUUAAAACA